AUGUUCGUUAUAGCGAGAGACGAAACAAGAGUCACUGACUCACUACCACCCACUACUACUAGUACUUUAAUGACACCGACCGCCAUGGACCGUACAAAAACUAUAUAUGAUUCGAAACAUUUAAUAUUGCCGACGACUAAUGAAGCAAUUGUACGGAAUUUGACAGGGAAUCCUUCUAAUAUUUCUGCUCCAUCAUUAUCCCCAGUAGUGACUCAGGAGUUGUUAUCACCGGCUUGUCACGCGGUGUUGCUCGGCUCGGUGCAGCUCCUCACGUCCGCACUGUCACUGUUUCUGGUGGAGAGAUACGGCCGAAGGCCCCUGCUGCUGUGGUGCUCGCUAUUGACGGGCGCGUGUCUGUUGCUGUCGUCGCUGGUGACGGGGGCCCGCGUGUCUGUGGCGGGCCUGGUGGCGGCGGACCUCGCGGGCCUCGCCAUCGCCGGGGCCGUCGCCGCGGACUCCGCGGGCCUUCAGCACGUCCCUUACGCUAUAUUAUCUGAGAUGUUCCACUAUGAGUACAGCGGCUGCGCCGUGAUGCUCGCCACAGCGGGUGCGUGUGCGGGGAACGCCGUGGAGGUGUUAUUAUUCCCGCUGGUCGUGUCUGUCGGCGGGCUGGUCUCCUCGCUCACACUCGCCUCGCUCCUCACCUUCCUCUACACCGUGUUCGUGUAUCUGGCCGUGCCGGAGACUAAAGACAGGACGCCGGAACAGAUAUAUGAGGUCAUCUGUCCUCGACUAGUGAAUAAAAAUAAGAAUUGUGGAACUAACAAGGAGACUGUGUGUACUAAAGUGUGA